UUUUCCGGGGCAAGAAACACUGGUCGCAGGGCCGGAAGCGCGGUAGCCCGCGGGUUCGAGACCACGGCGCCGUUUAAGGCAGAGCGAGCGUCCUGGAACCCUCGGGCCGCUAGAUCCUUCACCCCGGCUCCCGCCCAAAUUGGAGAAAACCUACAAAAUCCUGGCGGCCUAUGCAAGGGCGCUGAGUCGGAUCGCAAAGCACACGGCGUCCACCGGAACCGCCGAGCCUGAGGGCCGCCGGAAGCCCCGCCCCUGGGCGGAGUCAGGAAGCCUUUCGGGGCGGGCGGGGGCGGGAGAACCUAGGUCCCGCCCCCGAGGCCGAGCGCGCCUGCCAUGGCCGAGACCCCGGGCGCCGGCCCCGCUGCCCUGCGCUUGGCUGCCGCUGCCAACUGGCUAGUCGUGCGCCGACGCUACGUGGAACAUUUCCCACGGGUGUUGGAGUUUCUGCGGUCCCUGCGCGCUGCUGCUCCUGGCUUGGUUCGCUACCGCCACCACGAGCGCCUAUGUAUGGGCCUAAAGGCCAAGGUGGUGGUGGAGCUGAUCCUCCAGGGCCGGCCUUGGGCCCAGGUUCUGAAUGUCUUGAAUCACCACUUUCCAGAGUCUGGACCUGUAAUGCGGGACCCCAAAGCUACAAAGCAGGAUCUGAAGAAGAUCUCAGAGGCACAGGAAGCCUUUUGCCAGCAGGUGAAGUUGCUGGCAGAGGCCCCUGUGGAUUUGACUUGGAAGCUGCAGGAACUUGAACAAGAGUAUGGGGAACCCUUUCUGGCUGCUAUAGAAAAGCUAUUUUUUGAAUACUUGUGUCGGCUGGAAAAAGCACUGCCUACCCCACAGACACAGCAGCUUCAGGAUGUGCUGAGUUGGAUGCAGCCUGGAAUUUCUAUCACUUCUUCUUUUGCUUUGAGCCAAUAUAGUGUGGACAUGGGGUGGCCACUUCCAGAGUGCUCCGUUACUAAUUCAAUGAACAUGUCAGAGCCCACGGAGCCCAGUCCUCCUCAGCAACCAACACCAGCACUCCAUCCGCCUGUGCCAAAAGCCAAGCCUGGCCCACACCUUCCUCACGGAGCAGCCUCAAGAAAGCACCCAGAACCUCUGGCUGGUCACCACUUCAAUCUGGCCCCUCUGGGCCAGCGAAGAACCCAGUCCCAGUGGGCACCCAGGAGGGUAGGCCAUAAGGAGCGCCCCACAGUCAUGCUAUUCCCCUUUAGGAAUCUGGGUUCACCAACCCAGGUCAUAUCUAAACCUGAGAACAGGAAAGAACAAGGGACACACGUGGCAGUUCCAGCAGGUGAUGCCAGCACGAGAACAGCCUCCACUGGAAAGUCUAAGAGUCCGGCCCAGACCCUGGGCGGACGGACUGUGAAGGAGAACCCAGUUGACUUGUCUGCCUCGGAGCAAAAGGAGAAUUGCUGGGACUGCCCCAUGGAGCCCCUGAGACUGUCAUUAUCACCUCCUAUGGCCAGGAAGCCAGUGUGUCCUCCAUCUCUGUGCAGCCCUGUCAUUACCAUAGGGGACUUGGUUUUGGACUCUGAUGAGGAAGAAAAUGGCCAGCGGGGAGGAAUGGAGUCUCUGGAAAACUAUGAGAAGACAAAGUUUGACACCCUAAUCCCCACCUUCUGUGAAUAUCUCCCCUCUUCUAAUCCCAGUGCUGUAUCUGCCCCUUCCCAUGACCAUAUAGACUCCUCUGAUAGGACCAGAAUGCCAUCUGCAUCUUGCCUGUCUCCUUCCUCAUCUCUACAGGCAGUUUAGUGGGGAUAAAGUGGAAGCCCAGCAUUGGGUUGCUUGACUGUAUGGCCCAAAUUACUUUGUAAUGCUUGAUCAUUAAACUUUCUGUUUGUUAAAA